AGAACAACGCGGAACUCCACUGGAAUAGUUCUGAAAGGGUUUUGUAGCCAAGUGCUGAUCGUUUUGUAGAAUAACGUGUUAGUUUGUAGAGUUAAAUAUUGUCGUCUUAAAGCAGAUUACCUUGUUUACGUGUUUAUUAUUACGUGUUUAUUCAUUAAACCUCUCAGCUAACGUCGGAACCGUCAGAUCCUCCUGUAUAAUCAUGUUUAUUAGCCUCAGGCUGGCAGCUCUGUGUUUCUGGGUCCUGCUGCUGGAUUUAUGUGGAAUAAUAAAAACACUCGGACAAUCACACGGGUUGGGUGUCGUCAGAGUGGUUGUGAAAGAAGGGAGUGACGCCAUUUUACCCUGUUCCCUCAGCACCAAGGAGAACGCUGAGUCAAAGCUCUUUGACUGGAAGAAAGAUGAUCAGAAGGAGGUUUUCUUUUAUGAUGCAGGCCUUCAUUCUAAUAACGGCCGUCCAGGUCAAGAUCAGCAGUUCAAAGGUCGCGUCUCACAUUUUCAAGAUGAUCUGAAGUACGGCAACGCCUCCAUCAUCAUCAGUAAAACGAAGUUGACCGACAGUGGAAACUACAGCUGUGAUUUUCCACGUCUCCAGCCAAGACAGAUAUUCAACAUUCAGCUUCUUGUCGACCUCACCCUUAGAGAUCGAUCAGGAGAAAUCACAGGAGCAUCUUCAAAGCCGUAUGUUACAAUACUUGAUGAAACGAAGGACUGGGCCCUGGUGCAGUGUGAAGUUCUUGGUGCUUUUCCUAAACCUAGAGUAGAGUGGCAGGACAGUGCUGGAAACAAACUUCCUGCUGAGGAGCCACAGGUCUCAGAAAGAGGAGGCAGCUUCUACAUCACUGUCAACACUACUGUGAUGAAGACCGACCGCUAUCGCUGUGUAGCCACACAGGAGGAGAUCAGCCAUCAGAUUCAUACUGAGACCUACCUCUAUAUCGGCGAGAAACUGUUCAGCAGAGGGGACGUCAUAGGAUGUUUUUUUGGUGGAAUCAUUUUGGGAGCUUUAAUUCUUGCUGCAGUUCUAGCUUCACUUGUAGCUACAAAGUUCAUCACAGUACGCCGUAAUAAAGGAGCAGCUAAAGAGAGACAUGAAAAAGGGGAGGAAGAGAUUAUGACAUAGAGAACAGGGUCUGUACCAGCAGGUUCUUGUGGUCAAUGUAAAACAUUUAAGGCAGAAGCUGUACCGACAGAAGACAGAAGUGAAAAUAUGAAAACGGAUCCGCACAUGUAGCUUCUGUAAAAUCAAUCAGUCUUCUGAAUCUAAUGUUUUUGUGUCUGAGUAAUGUUUUUGAAAUUGGUCCAGUAGUUUGCGAGUGCGAAGCCGUCAGGCCCAGGCGGUAUUAUAAAUAUUGUAUUAAAUACCAUGUAUCACAUAUGAUAAACACUAGAUGAUGAUUGAUUAAGAACUAAAGCUCAGCAUUUACACUUGUUACACUAACAUUGUCUCCACCCAGAGGACAUGGGAUUGUUUUUCUGCACAGGAUUGAACACUUAGAAUAACGAGCCUGUCUCCAGAGUGAGUUGAGGUGAGAGCGGGUUUGUUUCAACUAAAAUGCAUGUAAUGUAAUUAAAACUGUUUUUUACACACUACUGCACCACUUCAUUCGCUGUCAUUCAUGACAACGAAUGAAUCGAGGCUAAGCUUUAUUUUAUUGUGGAAUGAACACAGAUCGAGAAUAUUUGUCUCUGACUUUAUGUAAAAGUAGUUUUAGUUUUUUUUUUGUUCCCUGUGUGAAAAAGCCUUUACUCACUAUAAGCCUAUUAAAUACACUAAACAUAUAUACUGCACUUAUAAUGUCUAUCUUUUUUUUUAAUUUAAAAGGUAUGUAAUGAUAAAUGUAAUGUUUUGUUCACUUUGUUGCAAUGUUGACUGCUUUAUUAUUAUAAAUGCUGUUUCUGAAACACUACACUAAAGACGAGUCUGUAUUAUAGAGUGUAAUAUACACUAUAAUACAACACAAUACAUAUAAUACAGGCUUGUCUUGUCUCACAGACUCUGGUUCAGCUACAACUACAUUACCGCUCUGUAUCCAUUACGUAAAGAAUGAUGUGUUUUAUGUUUAUGUUCUGUAAUAAUGCAUUUUAAUCAUUUACCCCUGUUUUUCUUGUGAAAAAGCUAAAGUUAUCAUUUUUUAUUACAUUUUUACGUCUUCAUCAGGUCAAACCAACAUGUUGAAUGUUCUUUUCUCAGGAAACAUUUUCAAAGCUGAUUUUAAAGAUCAUAUAAAAGUGCUCUUAUUGGAACAAUAGUUUCACUACAGUGUGUUGGUGAAAGUUCUCCCAGUCAGUCAGUUUGUGUUGCAGAGUUGUCUUUUAUAUUUUGUUACUUGUUACUCACCAGGUGAAGUAGCGACUGCACGCUGCUCCAAAUCUGUUUAUCUUCAUUUCCUGCCAUCUACCUUCAGCUGUUGAAUAAAAGCAUUAAUGUCAUACAAA